AUGUCGAUGGAGUCCUCUUUCAACGCCGUAGAGCUCCAGGAGCUUCGGGGCGGAGGAGGCCGGCGAGGCGUGUCUCCGACGCCGGGCUCAGCGCCCUGGACAGCGGCCACUGUGGGCAGCGCCGGCCGGGGCUUCGAGAACGCCUCCUACCAGCAGGACGAGGAUCAUGACCACCAACUGCAGGGGGCGACUGUGUCUGCGGGAGGUCCGCCCUCAACUUCAGGCAACAGCAAGGGGGAUCAGCAGCAUCAGGAGCCGUACGAUGAGGAGGAAGGAGCUGGAGGGCAGGAGGACGGACAGGACUUCACCGAGUUCCACCCCGCCGACGACCACUCCGCGGACUACGGCUUCAUCUUCGCCCUGGUGUUCCUGGUGAGCGGGAUCGUCCUGGUGGUCAUCGCCUACACCAUCCCCCGAGAGGCCAAAGUCGACCCGGACUCCGUGUCUGCCCGGCAGAUGGAGAAGCUGGAGAUGUACUACGCCCAGCUGGGCUCCCACCUGGACAAGUGCAUCAUCGCGGGCCUGGGCCUGCUGACCCUGGGGGGGAUGUUCCUGUCUGUGCUGCUCAUGGUGUCCAUCUGCCGGGGCGAGAUGUACCGACGCAGGGCGGCGUUUGUCCGACCCAAAAGGACUUACGGCUCCAUCAACCUGAGGAUGAAGCAGCUGGCGACCGGAGAGGCGGGAGGAGGCGAUGGCGGGGACGGAGGUGAGGAGUUUUUGGUGGAACACGCAGACACGCGGAAUAACAUGCAGCCAGAUCCCAGCCGGGUCUCCAGAUCAGAACCGGGACCGAGCAGGCAUCCUCCACCUCCUGCUGCUCCUUCCUCGUCUUCUUCAGCUGCUGCACACGGAGUCGACUAG